ACACAGGAAAGGGCACGGGGAUGUGCAGACUGGUGUUCCACCUGCCUGUGAAUCUCUGAGAGCAUCAUGUCCAUCUGAGCCUCUUCUCACAAGGAUUUUUCUCAGCUGCGACCCACGCAAGACAUGGAGAUCAAAAACUCACCAUCAAGCCUUACUUCCCCCGCUUCCUAUAAUUGUAGCCAGUCCAUCCUACCCCUGGAGCAUGGCCCUAUCUAUAUCCCUUCCUCCUAUGUAGAGAGCCGCCACGAAUACUCAGCUAUGGCAUUCUAUAGUCCUGCUGUGAUGAACUACAGUGUGCCUGGCAGCACCAGUAACCUGGAAGGUGGGCCUGUUCGCCAGACCGCAAGCCCAAAUGUGCUAUGGCCAACUUCUGGACACCUCUCUCCUUUAGCCACCCACUGCCAAUCAUCGCUUCUCUACACGGAACCUCAAAAGAGUCCUUGGUGUGAAGCAAGAUCACUAGAACACACCUUACCUGUAAACAGAGAGACACUGAAGAGGAAGCUCAGUGGGAGCAGUUGUGCCAGCCCUGUUACCAGUCCAAAUGCAAAGAGAGAUGCUCAUUUCUGUGCUGUCUGCAGCGAUUACGCAUCUGGGUAUCAUUAUGGCGUCUGGUCGUGUGAAGGAUGUAAGGCCUUUUUUAAAAGAAGCAUUCAAGGACAUAAUGAUUAUAUCUGUCCAGCCACGAAUCAGUGUACCAUAGACAAGAACCGGCGUAAAAGCUGCCAGGCCUGCCGACUUCGCAAGUGUUACGAAGUGGGAAUGGUCAAGUGUGGAUCCAGGAGAGAAAGGUGUGGGUACCGUAUAGUACGAAGGCAGAGAAGUUCCAGUGACCAAGUGCAAUGCCUGAGCAAAACCAAGAGAAACAGUGGGCAUGUACCCCGAGUGAAGGAGCUGCUGCUGAGCACCCUGAGCCCAGAGCAGCUGGUGCUCACCCUCCUGGAAGCUGAACCACCCAAUGUGCUAGUGAGCCGUCCCAGCAUGCCCUUCACCGAGGCCUCCAUGAUGAUGUCUCUCACUAAGCUGGCUGACAAGGAACUGGUGCACAUGAUUGGCUGGGCCAAGAAAAUCCCUGGCUUUGUGGAGCUCAGCCUGUUGGACCAAGUCCGGCUCUUGGAAAGCUGCUGGAUGGAGGUGCUGAUGGUGGGUCUGAUGUGGCGCUCGAUCGAUCACCCUGGCAAGCUCAUCUUUGCUCCAGACCUCGUUCUGGACAGGUCCUCAGAAGACUCUCACUGGCAUGUUACGCAGAUGAAGAGUGAUGCCCCAAGGGAUGAGGGGAAGUGCGUAGAAGGGAUUCUGGAAAUCUUUGACAUGCUCCUGGCGACGACAUCAAGGUUCCGUGAGUUAAAACUCCAGCACAAAGAGUAUCUCUGUGUGAAGGCCAUGAUCCUCCUCAACUCCAGUAUGUACCCCUUGACUACAGCAAGCCAGGAGGCAGAGAGCAGCCGGAAGCUGACACACCUAUUGAACGCAGUGACAGACGCCCUGGUCUGGGUGAUUGCAAAGAGUGGCAUCUCCUCCCAGCAGCAGUCAGUCCGCCUGGCCAACCUCCUGAUGCUUCUUUCUCAUGUCAGGCACAUCAGUAACAAGGGCAUGGAACAUCUGCUCAGCAUGAAGUGCAAAAAUGUGGUCCCAGUGUAUGACCUGCUGCUGGAGAUGCUGAAUGCUCACACGCUUCGAGGGUACAAGUCGUCAAUCUCGGGGUCUGAGUGCUGCUCAACAGAGGACAGUAAGAGCAAAGAGGGGUCCCAGAACCUACAGCCUCAGUAA